AUGAUGAAAGUAUUUGUUGCUUUGAUAGCACUUUUCGCGCUAAAUGCGUCAGUUUAUUCAAAGUACACGUUUUCCACGAAAGUCGUAGAUUGUGAAGCUGAUUACGAUAUAAUUCAAAACUACCGAGAUGACAUGUACGAAAUUACCGCACACUUGUAUCAACAUAUCGGCCCUAACGCAAUUAACAACUUCGUCUUCUCUCCAUUAUCAAUAUGGAUCACAUUGAGCGCCAUCGCCGAAGGAUUGGCAUAUCCAGAACAGCUCGUGAUGCUCCAAGUAUUAAGACUUCCCACUGACCUGUGUGCUCGUCUAAAGUAUUACCAGUUGGCAACUAGUCGUUUCGUUUCUAGUAACGAUGUUGACAUUUCAAGCAUACGCGUCUUAGUAAUCGACGAAGGAGUUUUAAUCAAUUCUACUUUUCAUCAAUUUGUAUAUAAGCACUCUCUAAUCGAUGUAGUAUCGGCGCCGUUACGCUCUAAUCCGGACAAGGCUAUUGAAGAGAUACGACGGGUGGUUACGGUAACUUCACCAAAUAUAGACACAAGUGGCAAUUCAGUGAUACUGGAUGCAGUGGACUACAAUGGACUUUGGAGUACUGCCUUUGAUGAUGCAGUGUUAGAAAGAUCACCGUUUUAUAGUUCGUUAGGGGAUCAAAUUGGUGCCGUUGAUAUAAUGAAGGUUAAAAGACGUGCAAGAAUUUCGCAUUUCCCAGCUUUAAAUUUAAACUGUCUCGAGCUGCCUGUUGGUUAUAAUGACCGUUAUCGGAUGAUGUUUGGUAUAAUACUUGACGAGAAUGCAGCAAAAACAGUUAACCUCGUAACAAGCGCGGCAAUGAUAGACGAUUUCUUGAAUAAUGUAACUGAUAGCUACAUCCCGAUUGAAAUCGCCAUACCGCGCUUUAGUUUAACCUCAGAGUACGAUGUAAAGGCGAUAUUAGAAAACUCAGGAGUAAAAGAUCUUUGGACAGAUCCUGCAGUGACUAGGUUGAUAUCAGACCCCGCGGUACUGCCAAGCGCAUUUGUGCAUCGCUCCACUAUCGUCUUGGAUAAGGCUGGUUUGAAAUCUGCAGAAUUUGAAUCCCAGCUCUUGACGACAGAGUAUAAUCCUGCAUUUGAACUAAACUUCAUCGCCAACCGACCUUUCCUAUUAUGGUUAUUCGAUGCAGAAUCUCACAGCGUUCUUAUGGCUGGUGCAUUCACAAAACCUACAUACAGUAAUUAA